AUGGUUAGUGUCAAGAUGAAAGAGGAGAUUGCCUGCAACAUAAUUGAACGAAUGGGGAUGAACCGUGGUCAAUCUAAUGUUGAAAUUGCUCAUGGAACACGCACUACACUGUCCAAGAUAGAGAAACUGAAGACUCUGAUGAACACUUACUGGAUGUUGUGUGACGCCGUACACCAGGCUAAUGACUUCUACUGCGAUCAGCUGAUGGCCGUUAUGUUCUCCUUAUUCGUCCAUGUCACUAUCAAGGCCUACUUCUUCUUCUUGUUCCUCAGAGCUGGUGAGGUGUUCGCUAUGAUUUCAGAGGCAGCCUGGGUCCUAGUUUACAUCUGCUAUGCGGUUCUACUAGUGAACUCAGGCACAGACGUCACUAACUCGGCUGAUGAAAUGAGGCUGGUGAUUUGCCAGUUGGUAAUCAAAGAUCUGAACCCAAGCUUAAGGAAACAGCUGGAAGUGUUUCUGCUGCAGUUACUUCAUCACAAUACAAAAUUUUCCGCUCGCGGGUUUUUCCAGAUCCACAACGAGACUCUCACAUCGAUGGCCGGAGCGGUAACAACUUACCUGGUGAUACUGAUCCAGUUCCAGACCGAGCGACAAACUACAUAA